AUGUUGCAUAGAUGGUCCGGGGUAACAGAUGCAUCGCUAGAUAAACACUCUGGGACAUUGCUAAUCACGCUGUUCGUGAGAAUACUGCUUGACCGUCCGUCAAUACCACAGGCCGAACUGGGCCUCGUCGGCCGGAUGUUGAGCGAAGUCGCGAAGUGGUUGCUCAUCACUGCUGACCUUGUGACCAGAUCGGCCAGCCAUAGGGGUUCCUCCGUUCAGGAGACUGGUCGUAGAACGUGCGAGGUCCCACUGUGGCAUGGCGGGAAGGAUGCGGUGGGCUUCAAAACAUGGCCUUCGCCGGUGAACUCCGUCGGCAUCGCCAAGAGCGGGACGCGCGGUCAGUCAGGCUUUGCGGCCGGCGGAGGGUCGUCAUUUGUGAGCUGCGGAGAGGAGGAGGAGGAGGAGGAGGAGGAGGAGGAGGAUGACUCCAACAACAUCAAGCAGGAGCAUUCCUUUGUUGCAAUGCAAAGCUACAUCCAGGCCAACUUCAAAAACGUGCCGAUGAUCGACAGCAAAAAUGGCCGCAUCGUCCAUCCAACAGUCGAUUCUCCUGAAUACCCUCGCAUUCCAAAGACGCGUACCAACUACAAGCACAAUUCGGCAAAAAUGAGAAUCUAA